GAAUAAAAAAAAGUGGGAGGUUGGGCCGUAAACCUGGUCAGCCCACUUGUUUGUUUUUUUUUGGGUUUUUUUAUUGGAUUUGGACUUUUGGUGUGGGCUAAUUUAAUUGAAGUGGUGGACCUGAUUUUCUGACAAAAUUACCAAGAUCUGAAAUUUUUGUACCGGGUAUCUCGUCUAGUCGUUUGAUAUGACAGAAGAUGGGAAGUUCCGAAUUGAGAAGUUCGAUAGUACAGAUUUCAGUUGGUGGAAGAUGCAAAUUGAAGAUUUGCUGGUUCAGAAAGAUUUGGACGUGGUAUUGGGUGACAAGCCAGAAAAGAUGUCGGAUGCAGAUUGGGCAGGUUUGGAUCGGAAAGCAAUGUCCGUGAUCCGUCUCUCGUUGACCAAGAAUGUUGCGUUCAACAUUCUGAAGGAGAAGACAGCGAAGGGAAUUAUGGAAGCGCUGUCUAAUAUGUACGAGAAGCCAUCUGCAGCUAACAAAGUUUUUU